CACUUACUCCAGUUUCUCUAGGGCUGUAACAUUCCUAAGGUGGCCCUGCCCAGACUUCCCACAGCCGCUUCCCAUCGACCAGCAAACCGCCCAGCUUCUCGUGGGAACCCCCCACCCCCCAACUCUUUGUGGUUGCAUGUAAUUUGCUUCCCAUGAUCACUGAUUAAUGGAAUGUAUUUGAAAAUGUUUAACAGACAUUUGAACCUCAUGUUGAGCUAAUAUAGGUGACCUAAUGAAGACCUAAAUAAGGUCCUAAAUAGUUGAUCUGUCAUUGGUAUGGGGAGAACUGUCUGACUGUCUUUCAUGAAGGCAAACAUGGCUUAUGAAUUUGGGGGCGGAGCAUUAAGUUGUAUGUCCCAACCAACUGCCCUUCACACUGAUUGGAAAAAAGGGUAUGAAAAGGACAGGGCCUGAUCUUACCAUUCAGUCAUCUGUGGAGGACCCUAACCAGAGGCAAGCAAAAAGACAAAGAUUAGAUUAUGUUAUCUCUAAAUUGACGAAGACUGUACAAGGAGUUGCCAAUCUAAUUAAAUUGCCAUCCCAGCUGACCAGUAGGUAUCUGAAGACAUCCGUUUGUAAUGGAGCUCAAAGUGCAGAAUCUACGGAUGAGACUUUUUCAAAUUCUUCUGAUUCUUCGACUGACAGACUGACAGACUCUGCACCUGGAAUAGAAAUGCUACAACUGGAUAAGAAAAUAUCUUGUGGCGCUAGCGUUUGUCCCAGUAAAGAGACAGUACCUAUUUCUUGCAGGACUGUGCCUUGCCUGAGAAACCUCUGCAACACAAGGAUGAGUAGCAAAAGCCAUACCAAAUCCAUUCCAGAAGGUUCUUUUUCACGGGGAUUGCCUGGUCAGGAGAACAUGGCAGGAGCCACCACUUCAGAUGCUGGCAAGCUGGUGAGGAGGCCUCACUGUACUGUGGAAGAGGGUGUACAAAGAGAAGAGAGAGAAAAGUACAAACUACUAUUGGAACUAGUAAAGGAAAAAUAUCCUAGAAACUACUCCACUCCCAUAGCUGCAUACCACUGCAAUUCUCAAAGUUGCCUCAAGGAGCCAGCGAAGACUGGUGGCCACAUGGAAGAAAGAUAUGGAGUGAGAAUGCCUCCAUUUGUUACACUAAGGCAGUGUAUCAGAGGUGCUGAAACUCGGGGCCCACUCUGGUCUCGGAGAAGUGAUGUGAGCAGAUCUCGGACUUCAGCAGAAAACUCACAAGAGCCUGAAAUGACAGUUGGGCAGAAAAAUGAAGGGAGAUGGCUGGAGGCUGACCUGUCAAAGGAGGUGUCAGUUCGGUUAUGUCUGGGCAGUAGGAGCUCUGCUGUAGCCAGAAGGCCAACUGCACUUGUGGUGAAAGAACAGAAGUGCCCAGGCCCAGAGAAGAGUACAGAGCGCCUUCCUGAGCUCACAGAGGACAUGGAAAGAGAAAUCACUAAUGCAUUAGGCCAUGGCCAGGAGGAUGAGAUCUUGAGCAGCGCCUUUAAAUUAAAGGUCACCCGUGGGGAUAUCCAGACACUGAGGAACCAUCACUGGCUCAACGAUGAGGUAAUCAAUUUCUACAUGAAUCUUCUGGUGGAGAGAAAUAAGCAGCAGGGAUUUCCAGUGCUUCAUGCUUUCAGUACUUUCUUCUACCCCAAAUUAAUUUCUGGGGGUUACCAGGCAGUAAAAAGAUGGACCAAAGGUGUGGAUCUCUUCAAGCAAGACCUCAUCUUUGUGCCCAUUCACCUGAGGGUACAUUGGGGAUUAGUGGUAAUAGAUGUCAGAAGAAAGACUAUCAAAUACUUUGACUCGAUGGGACAAAGAGGCCACAGUAUCUGUGAGAUUUUGCUCCAAUAUCUGCAGGAAGAAAGCAAAACCAAGAGGAACCUAGAUAUUGAUCCUUCAGAGUGGACACUUUACAGCAUGAAAUCACAUGAAAUUCCACAGCAGCUGAACGGAAGUGACUGCGGGAUGUUUACCUGUAAAUAUGCAGACUAUAUCUCCAGAGACAAAACUAUCACUUUCACUCAGCACCACAUGCCUCAUUUCCGCAAAAAGAUGGUAUGGGAGAUACUUCAUCAACAGCUGCUGUGACCCCAGACUGAGAGAUACUCACACAGUGAUUCUAUGAUCACCACGUAGUGACAAUUAGUUCUUAGCUUAACUAAUUUGUUUGAAUGCCUUAUUUCAAAAGGCACCUGGGCUAACAGCUUCCUCUCUUCAGAGUAGGCUGUAAAGCAGUGGUUUUGUCCACUCCAGAGAAUUACAUUUGUUUGGAAUAUGCUAAUGCAUCCUAACCGCAAAGCAAAGAGAUCUCUGCAGCCUCUGAGCUGUGACUCCUAAGGGACUGGAGUGGGUGGUUAAGAACAGAUCCCAAACAAACUGCAUCAGUUCAUGUUGCUGAAGACUGGCAACUUCUAGUGCUUCACUGCAGCCAUUGGAACUGUGGUGCAAACUCUGGCUGGCGCACGGAGGUAUCCUGUAGAACUGUCACUGUCUGUCUGAAAUCACCUUCACGGGGACGACGUGUUUAGCUACUGGUUCAAGGAGAGGUUUGCUCUGCUUCUGGAUGAUAGAAGACUCCACUUGAUUCCUAAAACUGGAUUUGUAAAGACCCUAGGAGCAAGGCAUUUAUGUUUUGAUUUGUAACAAAUCCAUAGUGAAGCCCCUGUAGCUGGGGUUCAGUAUUUGUUUCAAGAGACUGUCCCAUGUGAAAAUGAAUAUUUAUUUUUCUUUAUUAAAAUGAAAGUGUGCUGUAA